ACCUCCAAAUCACAACACUGACUCAACCGAGACAGACAACACAUCCACUUCAUCCUCUGAAGACAAACCAGACUCAAGCCGUAUAAAAUGGACCCCUGCGAGUGCUCCAAGACUGGAACCUGCAACUGCGGUGGAUCCUGCACCUGCACAAACUGCUCCUGCACCACCUGCAAGAAGAGCUGCUGCCCAUGCUGUCCAUCUGGAUGCAGCAAGUGCGCCUCUGGCUGCGUGUGCAAAGGGAAGACAUGCGACACCAGCUGCUGUCAGUGAGGACCCUGCAGCAUGGCGCCAGAGCUGCCCUGUGUGAUGGAGCCUGUGUGAACAACUUUGAAUUGCUUACUGUCGCAAAUGUCUAAAGAGUAAUUGUUUUGUACUUGUCUUUCAAUGUUGAAAUAAACGCAUUUCCUCAACGUG